AUGUUUGAUGACGGCGUGGAGUUUGAUAACGGAGACAAGAGGAUUUCUUACGAAAUGAUGAAAUAUUGGGCGAACUUUGCUAAAACAGGGAACCCUAAUCUACCAGACCCGCCGGCCACAAACUGGCCACAAUAUACAGCAACCAGGAAAGAAUACAUCGAGUUAGGUGACGUCACCAAGUCUGCUUCUGACGUCAUUCCAAGUCGAUGGAAACUGUGGGUGACCACUAUUCCGGAUAUCCAGGCUUCUCCCGUGCCUGCACUGGUCUCUGCAGCUGGCAGAAUUCGUCCCCCAUUCUACGGAAUAAUGGGGGUAACUAUAGUAGACAGCCAGUUAGAGGUCAACAUCACAACAGGAAGAAUACGAGGUUUCAACAAAACAGUGAACGGGAUAACUGUGAACGAAUUUUUAGGUAUUCCCUUUGCCAAGCAACCAGUUGGGAACCUUAGAUUUGCAAAGCCCGAGCCUGCGAGCAGCUGGGCAGGGGUGAAAGACGCCACGGCGUACGGUCCAGCUUGCAUGCAGAGACCCAACCCUUUUGGAUUUCCUAAUCCGAAGAAAAUAUCUGAAGAUUGCCUGACACUCAACGUUUUUGUUCCUGAUACCCCUGGCGUCAAAGCUGUAAUGGUCUGGAUUCAUGGCGGAGGCUACUUCACUGGCGGAAGUUUUCACUAUGAUUUCACCGAAUUCGCUGCAAGAGGCGACAUCAUCGUUGUAUCAGUAAAUUAUCGCCUGGGACCAUUUGGUUUCCUGAGUAUAGAUGGCGCUAAUAAUGCAACUGGAAAUCUGGGACUGUGGGAUCAGAUUGAGGGACUGAAGUGGGUACAAGACAACAUUGGAGCCUUUGGUGGUGACCCUAAAAACGUUACUAUAUUCGGAGAAUCUUCCGGGGGUAGCAGUGUCUCUCAGCUUGCUCUUACCACAAAAGCUAAGGGCCUGUUUCAGCGUUUCAUUCUUCAGAGUGGGUCCUCCUGGGCAGACUGGGCGUGGUCGACGGAAAAAGCUGAAACACUUUCUUUAAGGAUUGGCGAUAUUAUAGGCUGCCAUGCUGGGCCAACCGAGAGAUCAAAACUCCUCGACUGUCUGCGGGGAACAACAGCUGAACGAUUCCUAGACGCGAGCAUCAUUGCUACCAUAGGUGUCCCUGGGGCCCUUCAUUAUAGCGUCGAGGUCGAUGGCGAUAUGUUCCCAGAAUCUGUAUCAGACAUGUUUAAAAACCAUGAUUCAGAAGUCAUACAGCACUUUCGUUCUCUGGACUGUUUGGCAGGUUUCAAUGACGGAGAUGGGGCGAUAUUGACCCAUGACAUCGAUAACGGUAUCACCCCUGCAGAGUUACGAGAUAAGUUCAUUCCUGAUGUGGCAAAACAAGUCGCACCUGGCCACGAAGCCGAGAUUGAGAACGUUCUGAUGAAGGAAUACUACAACAGCACAGCUAAUCGAUAUGACACUGCUAACCGUUACGUCGACAUCAUGACGGACUGGGCGUUAGCAGGACCGGUGGCAAUUCUGACAGAUAAACACGCGUCAUCGGGUAAUGGCUCUACAUAUCUGUACUACCUCACAAAGGUACCUUCAUUUGGCUAUGUUUUGAAAUUCCCUCCUUGGUUCGAUCGGUCAAACCACGGAGACGACCUUUCUUACCUCCUUGGUCCGGAUCACCCAACUAUGUUUGAUGACGGCGUGGAGUUUGAUGACGGAGACAAGAGGAUUUCUUAUGAAAUGAUGAAGUAUUGGGCAAACUUUGCUAAAACAGGGAAUCCGAAUAUACCAGACCAGCCGUCCACAAACUGGCCGCAAUACACAGCAACCGGGAAAGAAUACAUCGAGUUAAGUGACGUCACCAAGUCUGAUUCUGGCGUCAUUCCCAGUCGAUGGAAGCUGUGGGUGACCACCAUUCCGGGGAUCCAGGCUUCUACCGUCUCUGCAGCUGGUGGCAUUCGUCCCCCAUUCUACGUCAUAGUGGCGGUCACUGUAGUAGACAGCCAGUUAGAAGUCACCAUCAGCACCGGUAGAAUACGAGGUUUCAACAAAACAGUGAGCGGGAUAACCGUGAACGAAUUUUUGGGAAUUCCCUUUGCCAAGCCUCCAGUUGGGAACCUUAGAUUUGCAAAGCCCCAGCCUGCGAGCCGCUGGGCAGGAGUGAAAGACGCCACAGAGUACGGUCCAGCUUGCAUGCAGAGACCCAAUCCUUAUGGGUUUCCUAAUCCGAAAAAAAUAUCUGAAGACUGCCUGACACUCAACGUGUUUGUUCCUGAUACCCUUGGCGUCAAGGCUGUAAUGUUCUGGAUUCAUGGCGGAGGCUACUUCACUGGCGGAAGUUUUCACUAUGAUUUCACAGAAUUUGCUGCAAGAGGCGACGUCAUCGUUGUAUCAGUAAAUUAUCGCCUGGGACCAUUUGGUUUCCUGAGUAUAGAUGGCACUAAUGCACCUGGAAAUCUGGGACUGUGGGAUCAGAUUGAGGGACUGAAGUGGGUACAAGACAACAUUGGAGCCUUUGGUGGUGACCCUAAAAACGUUACUAUAUUCGGAGAAUCUGCUGGGGGUAGUAGUGCCUCUCAGCUUGCUCUUACCACAAAAGCCAAAGGCUUGUUUCAGCGCUUCAUUCCUCAAAGCGGCGGACCAGGGGCAUAUUGGGCGUGGUCGACGGAAAAAGCUGCAACACUUUCUGUAAGGAUUGGCGACAUUCUAGGCUGCCACGCCGGGGAGACAGAGAGGUCAAAACUCCUCGACUGUCUACGGAAAAACACAGCUGACCGAUUCCUAGACGCAAGCAUCGUUGCUACCAUAGGUGUCUCUGGGGCCCUUCAUUAUAGCGCCGAGGUCGAUGGCGAUAUGUUCCCAGAAUCCGUAUCAGACAUGUUUAAAAAUCCUGAUUCAGAAGUGAUGCGACACUUUCGUUCUCUGGACUGUUUAGGAGGUUUCACUGACGGAGACGGGGCAAUAUUAACGCAUGACAUCGAUAACGGGAUCACCCCUGCAGAGUUACGAGACAAGUUCAUCCCUGACGUGGCCAAACAAGUCGCACCUGGCCACGAAGCCGAGAUUGAGAGAGUUCUGGUGAAGGAAUACUACAACAGCACAGCUAAUCGAUAUGACACUGCUAACCGCUACGUUGACAUCGUGACAGACUGGGCGUUAGCAGGUCCGGUGGCAAUUCUGACAGAUAAACACGUAUCACCUGGUGGUGGCUCUACAUAUCUGUACUACCUCACAAAGGUACCUUCAUAUGGCUAUGUUUUGAAAACCCCUCCUUGGUUCGAUCGGUCAAACCACGCAGACGACCUUUCGUACCUCCUUGGUCCGGAUCACCCAACUAUGUUUGAUGACGGCGUGGAGUUUGAUGACGGAGACAAGAGGAUUUCUUAUGAAAUUAUGAAGUAUUGGGCAAACUUUGCUAAAACAGGGGAUCCUAACAAACCAGACCCGCCGUCCACAAACUGGCCACAAUAUACAGCAACCGGGAAAGAAUACAUCGAGUUAGGUGACGUCACCAAGUCUGCUUCUGACGUCAUUCCCAGUCGAUGGAAACUGUGGGUGACCACUAUUCCUGAGAUCCAGGACUCUCCUGUGCCUGCACUGGUCUCUGCAGCUGGCGGCAUUCGUCCCCCAUUCUACGUCAUAAUGGGGGGUAUGAUGUGGGCCUUGAUGACUCGUGUCUAA